AAAGAUUUUAUGAACUUUUGAUACGCUAUCUAUUUGGCGUGCAAAAACCUAAUGCUACCUAUCUGCAUUUUGUGUUUAAAAUGGUUUUAUCGUUAAACCGAAAUCCUUGUAGCUUAUGUAGCAAUAAGAUAACUGCUGUAAUAAAAAACCCCUGCUUUGGGGUUUUGAUUUUCUAUAUAAAAACCAAGCCAAUCCCGUUGCGUGCUGUGUUUUUUGAAUAAUUCAAAGUGAAACCAUUCAUUUUACCAAAGACGAGAUGUCAGAAGAGGUUAAGCCCUUGAGUGAAAUCAGGUACUUCACCGAAUUCUUAGAGGAAAAUCUCAAAAGAAAAGUUUUGGACUAUACGCUGAAGCCUCUUACAAAGUCUGGACACAACUUUGGAGCUAUAUUGCAAUCGGUUGAAGUCACAGUGUCUGCAGAAUAUGAUCCGGAUAAACAUGAAAUUUAUCAUUUCGUUGCCAAAACACCACUUACAAAUCGGAGUACUUUAUUGCAGCCAAAAUGGUGUCUAAUGAAAGAAAUAAGAUUCUAUUCGAUUGUGAUCCCAGCAAUAGAAGAAUUCGAACGGCUUGCCAAUGUACCGGAGGCGAAGAGAUUGGAUGCAUUUAUUCCAUGUAUUGCGUCCAGAAUUUCAUUGAACAUUGUUGCCGAAAAUGAAGAUUCCGACGCCGUUUUGCUACUUCAAAAUAUGAAAUUCCAGAAUUAUUUCACUCGUGAUAAACAUAUUGGUUUCGAUACUCAAGAAACAUUUGUGAUUUUAAAGAAUCUGGCAAAAAUGCAUGCAUUAUGUAUUGCAAUGAGACGACUUCGGCCAGAACUUUUCGAUAAAAAAGUGAAUCCUUAUUUGGAACUUAUUAACUCAACCUCAAAUGACGACUAUCAAUUCCAAGUACAGUACGCCCCCGCAAAUUGUUACGAAUAUUUAGUUUGUUCAUUCUCAAUUUUCGCAAAUUUGUCCAAGAUAAUCUGCAAAGAAUUGCCGUUAAUUGAUGAUAUUUCACCUGAAAUGCGUACUACGAUUGUGAAUAGCAUAAGAUUGAGCAAAGAAUUUUAUGCUUGCUCAGCUCGGACCAUUGAUACACCUUAUACAACUGUUGUGAACAAAGAUUUCUGGAUCAACAAUAUUAUGAUCAAACAAGAUGAUAAUUCAAAACCAACAAAAGUAAAAUUUUACGAUUUUCAAUUAUGCGGCUAUGAAUCAUUCGUUUUGGAUUUGAUCUUUUUCUUAUUCACGAGUGUUCAAAACGAAGAUUUAAAGACGAAUUUCAAAACAUUCAUCGAACACUACUUUUUGGAGUUUUUCAAAACAAUUGAUUUUGCCGGAUGCUCAAUGGAGGAAUACACAUUUGAAAAGAUGUGGGCAGAGAUUCGAAAAAAGGCGAAAUUCACACUAUUCCGCCUAUUUGUCAGGGCUAAAAUCACAAAGGAUGAUCAAACUGCAUAUCUUGCCAAUGAUAUAGCCGACAAUAUGACACCAUAUGAGAAACCAGCAUCCAAAACCAUACUUGAUCAAUGGAAAUUUAUCAUUGAGAUUUUCGUUGAAAAUGAAUUCUUUUGAAUUUGAGUUUGCUUCAUUUAUUUGUCUAUUUUACAAGUUAGACAAAGUUUUAUUCUAUUCUCGAAAAUUAGUUGCUUCCAUGAACAAAUUAUAUCUCUUCUUAUGAAAUUAAAUGUUUUCCAAUGGAGU